AUGCCAAGAGUUCGCUAUCGCCUGCUUUGGGCCUUAGUGGGCGUCCUCUGCUGGGUGAUGUUCAUGGUGGCGGAGAGGGCUUCUGACCAGGUCUCCCCGUGGACAAGAGCUGCACUACACCCCCCUCUCCCAUUCACCAGCCCCCCCGGAGACCCUAUUCAGGAGAAGAACUUCAUAUGGUCUGCUGAUGACAACGCUCCUCCACACCUUUCUCAGCAAGCUGCACUACACCCCCCUCUCCCAUUCACCAGCCCCCCCGGAGACCCUAUUCAGGAGGAGACCUACACAUGCUCUGCUGUUAAAAGCGUUCCUUCACACCUUUCUCAGCAAUUCCAGGUAUUCCUACGCUACAGGCAUUGCCGGGCAUUCCCAACCCUGCUGAGCCCUUCGCCUUGCGAGAAUGACCUCUAUCUGCUAUUGGCCGUCAAGUCCACAGCUGCACAGGUAGAGCGCCGUGAUGCUUUGCGGGAUACCUGGGGUCAAACAAGUCGAAUCCAGGGUCGCCGGGUUAAGCUGGUCUUCCUGUUAGCCCGUUCGGAUGACCAGGUUCACGGCCACAACAUCCAGACGCAGUUGGAGAGGGAGAACCAUCGCUAUGGCGACAUCUUGCAGUGGGAUUUCAUGGAUGUCUUCUUCAAUCUGACCCGGAAGGAGAUAGGAUUCCUCAGUUGGUUCUCGCGUGAAUGCAGAAGCGCGCAGUUCGCCUUCAAGGGUGAUGACGACGUGUUUGUGAACACAGAGAAUCUGGUCGAAUACCUGAAAGGCCACAAACCCGAGAAUCAUCUGUUUACUGGAUACAUCCACACGCAUGGGGGUCCCAGCCGAGACACAACCUCAAAGUACUUCAUCCCAGUAGAUAUAUAUCCAAAUGAGACCUAUCCACCCUUUCCGAGUGGUGGUGGAUAUCUGAUGUCGCGGCAGACCGUGUUGGAUCUGCACGUCACGGCUCAGCAGAUUACGCUCUAUCCCCUAGAUGAUGUCUUUGUGGCCUUUUGUCUGCAUAAAAUGGGCUUUACCCCCACACACCACGAUGGCUUUCUCACAUUCGGAUUCAGCCACGGCCAAAAUCACUAUAACCCCUGUGCUUAUCGUGACAUCAUGGUGCUGCACCGGAUGAGCUCACAACACCUGAGGACCAUGUGGCCAAAGAUAAAGACCUCGGUCUGCCCUGUGAGUUAA